CCCCCAUAUAUGCUGGUGAACUACACUGCCUGGAAUGGGACUGAUAUCAAUGCAGUAUCCUGUCAGGAACUGGCCAGCUUUGGCUUACACCAGCCUGUACAGUAUCCCAUAGCAUUUCUGUUGUUUGGAACCAUAGGGAAGUGGAUAGUUCUGGCACUAGCCAUAGUUACAACAUUCAGGGAGUUGUAUCAAAUAUGCUACUCAAAGAUGAGCUAUGUGAAUGUAGAAAACCUUAUUGAAUGGUUGAUAUAUGUGCCUGCAUUCUUACUGGUGAUGGACUGGGAUUCAUGUCAGAUGAGCAACCCUCAUAUCAGGCAUCCAUGGCAGUGGAACGUGGGAGCCAUUGCACUAUUCCUGGCCUGGAUUGAGCUGUUGUUGUUCAUAAGAAAGUUGCCAAGAUUUGGAAUCUAUGUGGUGAUGUUCACAGACAUCCUCUGGACCUUCUGCCAAUUCUUCCUUGUCUUUGUUUUGUUCAUAGUGGCCUUUGGAUUGACCUUCCAUGUGUUGUUGAAAAACCAAGCGUCAUUCAGCUCUCCAGCCAGAUCUUUAUUGAAGACCACUGUAAUGAUGAUAGGAGAGUUUGAGUUUGAUACUCAAUACACUACAGAGAUCACACCUGAGGGGCAAAACAUGCACAGUGAUCAGGUCUACUAUGAGGGGGUCACAUAUACCAUCUUUAUUCUCUUCUUGGUUCUCAUGUCCAUCCUUAUCAUGAAUUUACUGGUUGGUUUGGCUGUAGAUGAUAUUAAAGCUGUCCAGGACCAGGCUGUAUUAAAAAGACUAGCUAUGCAGGUUGACUUGGCAUUAGAUGUGGAGAAUCAAAUACCUAUCAAAUACCGGAAAAGGAUGGUAAUUAAGCAAGAGGUACUGAAACCUAAACAACAGAGCUGGUUUACCAAGGAUAAGCCCUUGACAUCUGCAUCCGUUGCACAUAUGUUGCAGCCAGAGCUGGACCGCAUCAAUUUCAUAGAGGAACAACAGAAGUUGACCAGAACAGAUAUCUUGAAGUUGAAGGGACAGGUGAGGGCUGAGGUGAAGGCCCUCAAGUCCUGUACAAAGCACAUUGAGACCAUGAUGAUGACCCUGAUGAAACAUAAUGCGAUCGACUGGGAGGAAGAGGAGGUUGUGGAUGACCAGGAUGAACUCAAUUUGUCUUCUCUGGGAAUUUAAGUACUGUCGUUAAAUUAUAUUUGCAGAUAAUUGACCCAAGGGGUAAUUGAAGAUGAAUACCAUUUUCUAUACCAAUGCCUUAUGUACAAAGUAGACUGAGACACCUUUUUAAGUAAAAUCUCAACCCUAAAAGCUGAUACAAGGUCACCAGACAGUCAAUUAUGCCAAGUAUUUAACAGCACCAGCAAAGAUAUUUUAGUCUCCUUUCCAAUUAAUAUAUAAUAAAAUCAUUCAAGAAAAGAAAUGAAUUGGUUGCUCUGCUUGGUAACUCUUAGGAUAUAUUAAA